ACAAUAACUGGCCCCUCAGGCAGUUUUUGGGUUUGGUUCGCCCCUAGCAGCCCGCCCCGUCGCCGUUGUCCGUCCUCCAAGCUGCGCCGGGCCGAGCUCCCGGCGGCCGACCCCGACCCCGACCUGCGUCCCCGCCGCGCCACGACCCCCCACCACCGAGCUUCGGGCCGCGUCAGCGCCAAAUGCAGCGACUGCCGUGCCCGCUCGCCGGCUAGCACCACGACAACGCCACCGACCACGCCUGCGAGCUCUGCGUGCUCUUCUCAACUUCUCUCGGUGAUUUAUGCGAUGUAUGAAGAGAAUCGGGUUGUUGCUGCUGACUUUGGUGGUUUGAGAGUCGAUUUCAGGGCAGGAAGAGGAUUCGGAGGCAUAGAGAUUAGUUACCGCACACCACCUGUUCGAUGAAAUGCCCGCAGGCAGCACGCUGCAGCGACGUCUUCUUCUCCUUUCUCCGCGGGCGCUCGCCAGUCCACGCUGCCACCCAUCAAUGUUGACAAGUCACCGUCUAAAAGGUUGUCCCAGAAGAUGACUGCAAUGAAGGCUGCCAAUAAAGAGCUGAAAGGGAUGAUGAAGACUGUCAGGAUUGAAGAUAUAGAUAGCAUGCAAGACGAGAUGAUGGAUCUUAUGGAUGUGAGCAAUGAAAUACAAGAAACUCUUGGUAGAAGCUACAGUGUCCCAGAUGACAUUGAUGAGGAGGAACUUAUUUGUAGUUGGCCAUUCUUAGAUGACUCUAACACUAGGUUUGAUCUUGAUGUACAUGGUUGGCGCUUUGUUUGUGCAUGGAAAAAUUCAUUGUAUCUUUCCUCAUAUACCACUGCAAGUCGUUGAACAAUGGGACAAGGAUUACAUACUCCUGGAUACAAUGCUCCAUCACAAGGACCAGAACUUCAUACUCCUUCCGUACAAUCCUCUGUAUGAAGGUCAACGUGACCUCCUGUCCAACCAAACUUAUAAUCUUGACCAACUUGCUUUCGCAUCAGACAGAAUUAAAGAUGCUCAACACACUAUGACUGCAAUGAAGGCUGCCAAUAAAGAGCUGAAAGGGAUGAUGAAGACUGUCAGGAUUGAAGAUAUAGAUAGCAUGCAAGACGAGAUGAUGGAUCUUAUGGAUGUGAGCAAUGAAAUACAAGAAACUCUUGGUAGAAGCUACAAUGUCCCAGAUGACAUCGAUGAGGAGGAACUUAUGGGCGAGCUUGAUGCUUUGGAAGCCGAUAUGGACUUUGAGUCGAAUUCAGUCCCAUCGUAUCUCCAACCAGACAAGGAGACUGAUCUUGAUUCUGAGCUUAACCUACCUGCUGCACCAAGUGGUCAUGCAGCAGUCCUAGCGAACCGGCAGCAGGAGGAUGAACUGGGACUGCCUACCGUGCCGCACGCAUCAAUUCGUACCUGAAAGUAACAAAAAAGCUAUGGUGUAGGUUUUGAUCUCGUUGUAAAUGGUCGGCACUUUGUUUAUGCAUGGACAGAUUCAUUGUAUCUUGCCUCAUAUACCACUGCAAUUCGUUGAACGAUGGAAUGUCUCUUUCCCUUUGUGUUGGAACAAUAGUGUGUGAUAAAGGGAGUGUUCUCUAUAUGGUUGUA